AUGAUGCUCGCCAGACUAUUGAUGCGACCAGCAGCCUCGGUCCUUACAUCUAGCACUCUUGAUCGACUGAGCAAACAGCGGCAAUUCCCGAUAUCUGUCACGAAUGUUCCGAGGCAGCGCAGCUACGCGAAUAAGCACGCAGAAUCCGCAGCGAAGAAAGGGAAGAAGAAGAAGAAAGGGAAGAAGAAGGGGGCGGUGGAGGCCAAGCCUGAACAGACAACACUAUCGAGCAUAUUAGCCGAGGCGAAUGCCUUGCUAGGGAAACUGAAUAGAGUCAAAGCUGUGCCAGUCGAAGCUGUGCCAGUCGAAGCUGUGCCAGUCGAAGCUGUGCCAGUCGAAGCUCUGCCAGUCGAAGCUCCCCCAAAGGACGCGACAGAAGAACAAAGCCCUCCCUUAUCAGCUGAGCAAGAAGCCCUGGUCUCACUGGCAUUAGAAGGCCACAACAUAUUUUAUACGGGCUCUGCCGGCUGUGGAAAAUCUACAGUUUUGAAAGCCAUUCGAGAUCGCUUUCAAGCAAAGGGUCAAGAUGUCCAUGUUUUGGCCCCAACAGGCAAGGUGGCACUCGUCAACGGAGGCAGAACAACAUGGUCUUUUGCUGGCUGGACGCCCAACUCGCACAAAAUGAGCUUAUCUGAAUUGACAAAUCCUGAUUCUGGACGCAACAUCUCGUUAUUCGAGCGGCUGGAAGAUGUCGAGAUAAUUAUUAUUGAUGAGAUAAGCAUGGUUGAAAACGUACACUUUGGACGACUGAAUGAACUCAUGAAGGCUGUGAAGGAGUCUCCUCUUCCGUUGGAGGCAUUCAGAUCAUCGUCACGGGAGACUUUUGCCAGUUACCACCUCUACCGAUCAAAGGCAUAUUCAUGCUUGAAUCGGAAAUGCAAUGUCGAUGUCUAUCACCAAUAUGACAAAUGGGUCUUCAAAAGCAAAGCGUGGCAAGAAUGCAACUUUCGCAACGUCUACCUUGCCACCGUCUACAGACAGACAGAUCCUGCCUUUAUUGAUUUGCUACAAAAGUGUCGACUCGGAUUGCAGCUUGAUGACACCGAUGUAAAGCUUUUAACCAGCCCUGACGGCAAAACGGACAGCCACCCAGUGAAGCUUUUCCCGACACGAGCAGAGGUACGAGAGGUCAAUGAUGCAGAAUUUCGCCAGCUGCAUACUCCUCCGCAAAUAUACAAAAGUAUGGAUAUAUUCUGCUGGAACAAAGAGAAGCACCGACACUUGGAGGACAAGCGCGAAAGAGCUGCCGAUGGCUCUCUAAAAGCACUGAGUGACCAUAAUUUCGAAGUCGAACUUCACCUGAAAGAAGGCAUGCAAGUAUUGUUGCUGCACAAUAUUGAUCUCGGUAGAGAGUUAUGCAAUGGCACCCAGGGGGAAAUUACUGGGUUUGAGCCCUUUGGGAAGAUUCUACCUGAAAUCUCUCUGUAUGGAGAACAUCUACCUGUACAUAUGUCAGGACUCUAUGAGAAAGAAGAAGUGAUUCGAGAAUUCAUACGCAGAUGCCGCAAGGCCGGAGGCUGGCCGAUUGUCAAAUUCCACAAUGGCAUGACCAAGACAAUUUAUCCCGUUUGCCAAUCUCUGCUUCUAGGAGAGGAGCGGCCGUACUCACUCAUGGGCAGGAUACAGAUCCCGCUAACUGCUGCUUGGGCUCUAAGCAUUCACAAAUCUCAGGGAAUGACGCUCAAUAGCGCUGUGGUGAGCAUAGGGAAAGCAUUUGAAGAAGGGCAGAUCUAUGUAGCUCUGUCGAGGGUAAAGACAUUGGCGGGGUUGAAGGUGGAAGGGGAUUUGUCCCCGUUGCGGAAAUUUAAGGGAGAUAGAGUGGUGCUUAAGUGGCUAAAGAAGACAUUUGGAGAGAAAGUUGUGAUAGGAAAAAAUGUUUAAGAGCCGAUCGGUUUUAUGUCGUUACUUCGGCUAUGGACUACUUUGACAGGGAUAUAAGUUUCACUAUUAGAUUGAAGACAAUCUAUAAGCAAUAUAAGAGUCGAUAUUAUAUAUUUUGAG